UCCGACCCACAGUCCUCCAAGACCUACUCCUUCGUGUCCCUCCCGGGCAAUGCCGUCAAGAAGCGGCCCCGCAGGCGGUACGACGAGAUUGAGCGUCUCUAUCACUGUUCCUGGCCUGGCUGCACAAAGAGCUACGGGACCCUCAACCACCUCAACGCGCACAUCGUCAUGCAGCGCCAUGGCACCAAGCGCAGCCCCGGCGAAUUCAAAGAGCUCCGCAAGCAGUGGCGCAAGGCCAAGAAGGAGGAGUCGGAGCGCGCAGCUCUCGCACAGCAGCAA